GCCGAGGGGGAGCGAUGUCUGCGACGCACCGGAAGCGGCUCCGAGGAAGGCCUGUGGGAGUCUCGGAGACGUGUCUGUCUGUGAGGCGCUGGGUGCACUUCCCCAGGGCUCUGGGCUAGGAAGGCAGCGGCGAGGUGCCUCCCCACGUACCCUUCGCGGGCCCAGCCGAGCAGCGUGGGGCGAAGGCGGCGGCGAAGGCCCGGGCUGGGAGCGUUGGCAGCCGGAGUCCCAGCCAUGGCCGAGUCUGUGGAGCGGCUGCAGCAGCGGGUCCAGGAGCUGGAGCGGGAACUUGCCCAGGAGAGGAGUCUGCAGGUCCCGAGGAGCGGCGACGGAGGGGGCGGCCGGGUCCGCAUCGAGAAGAUGAGCUCAGAGGUGGUGGAUUCGAAUCCCUACAGCCGCUUGAUGGCAUUGAAACGAAUGGGAAUUGUAAGCGACUAUGAGAAAAUCCGUACCUUUGCCGUAGCAAUAGUAGGUGUUGGUGGAGUAGGUAGUGUGACUGCUGAAAUGCUGACAAGAUGUGGCAUUGGUAAGUUGCUACUCUUUGAUUAUGACAAGGUGGAACUAGCCAAUAUGAAUAGACUUUUCUUCCAGCCUCAUCAAGCGGGAUUAAGUAAAGUUCAAGCAGCAGAACAUACUCUGAGGAACAUUAAUCCUGAUGUUCUUUUUGAAGUACACAACUAUAAUAUAACCACAGUGGAAAACUUUCAACAUUUCAUGGAUAGAAUAAGUAAUGGUGGGUUAGAAGAAGGAAAACCUGUUGAUCUAGUUCUUAGCUGUGUGGACAAUUUUGAAGCUCGAAUGACAAUAAAUACAGCUUGUAAUGAACUUGGACAAACAUGGAUGGAAUCUGGGGUCAGUGAAAAUGCAGUUUCAGGGCAUAUACAGCUCAUAAUUCCUGGAGAAUCUGCUUGUUUUGCGUGUGCUCCACCACUUGUAGUUGCUGCAAAUAUUGAUGAAAAGAGUCUGAAACGAGAAGGUGUUUGUGCAGCCAGUCUUCCUACCACUAUGGGUGUGGUUGCUGGGAUCUUAGUACAAAAUGUGUUAAAGUUUCUGUUAAAUUUUGGUACUGUUAGUUUUUACCUUGGAUACAAUGCAAUGCAGGAUUUUUUUCCUACUAUGUCCAUGAAGCCAAAUCCUCAGUGUGAUGACAGAAAUUGCAGGAAGCAGCAGGAAGAAUAUAAGAAAAAGGUAGCAGCACUGCCUAAACAAGAGGUUAUACAAGAAAAGGAAGAGAUAAUCCAUGAAGAUAAUGAAUGGGGUAUUGAGCUGGUAUCUGAGGUUUCAGAAGAGGAACUGAAAAAUUCUUCAGGUCCAGUUCCAGACUUACCUGAAGGAAUUACAGUGGCAUACACAAUUCCAAAAAAGCAAGAAGAUUCUGUCACUGAGGUAACAGUGGAAGAUUCUGGUGAAAGCUUGGAAGACCUCAUGGCCAAGAUGAAGAAUAUGUAGAUAAUGGACUGGGAUAUAUUUUAUUUCUCAUGUUAAAGCCUCUUCCCUUGAAAUUAAAAAAAAAAAUUUAACUGAUAAAACUUAGGGCAACAUUAAUUAAUGUAUAUUCUUACCUGAAUUGUUAUACUUUUUGAAAAUCCUGUGACUUGCCUGUUUCUCCCCGCUCCAACGAAAUCAUUAAUUUUCCUAAAAUGUGUUUCAUUCUAGUAAGAAAACCUCAAAGGAUAUUGUAGAAUAUAAAUCUUACUUGAAAACAUAGCUGUUGAAAUGUUUUGGCCUUUUGGAGUGGGGGAAGGACAAAUCUGAUCCUGUAAUCUUUUUCUUUCCAGUAAUCGCUUGUGUCUGUUGCAUGAGGACAUGGACAAUAAAGUAGUAUAUGAUCCUCAGAUACAGGGAGAAGGACAAGGCAUACGGCUUAUUGAUUAGAGCUGGCAAGCAUCUGCUCAUUAUGUUUGGAAUUGCUUUCUAUAAGAAAAUUGCCCACUAAUACUAACUUGAUCAACAAUGAAUUAAAAUAGUUAACCUAUGAAAUAACAUCCUCUUAAAUGUUUGCUGAUGAAAUACAAGUUGAAAUGUAGUUAUUGGAAAAGUCUGUAACCUGCGGAUUAUAUAUAUUCAAAGUGAGACAAAGGCAAAUAAAAAGCAGCUAUCUUCAUGAAUAGACAAA